AUGGGGGACUGGAAUUUAUUAGGGAGUAUUUUAGAAGAGGUCCACAUUCAUUCCACCAUAGUUGGGAAGAUAUGGCUCACAAUCCUCUUCAUUUUCCGGAUGCUUGUGCUUGGCGUCGCAGCUGAGGAUGUCUGGGAUGAUGAACAGAGUGAGUUUGUUUGUAACACAGAGCAACCUGGCUGCAAGACUGUCUGUUAUGACCAAGCUUUUCCCAUCUCUCUCAUCCGCUACUGGGUCUUGCAAAUUAUCUUUGUUUCCUCACCCUCUCUGGUCUACAUGGGUCACGCCUUGUAUCGUUUGAGGACCCUUGAGAAGGAGAGACACAGAAAGAAAGCGUGUCUGAAAGCUGAGCUGGAAGGUACAGAUCCCGUCCUGGAGGACCAUAAAAGAAUCGAGAAAGAGCUCAGGAAAUUAGAUGAACAGAAGAAAGUAAGGAAAGCUCCUCUCAGGGGCUCUUUGCUGCGUACAUAUGUUUUCCAUAUUUUGACCAGAUCUGUAGUGGAGGUGGGUUUCAUUAUAGGACAGUUUGCUCUGUAUGGGAUUGGACUGUCUGCACUCUACAAAUGUGAAAGGUUGCCUUGCCCUAACAGCAUUGAUUGUUUUGUCUCACGACCGACAGAGAAGAACAUUUUCAUGGUUUUCAUGCUGGUUAUUGCCGGAGUUUCUUUAUUCCUCAAUCUCCUAGAGAUUUCCCAUUUGGGGGUUAAGAAGAUUAAACAAAUCUUGUACGGAUAUAAAUAUGGGGAUGAUGAGAGUUUGUGCAGGUCAAAGAAGAACUCCAUGGUGCAGCAGGUCUGUGUGCUCUCAAAUUCCUCACCACAGAGAUUAAUCCAGCUCACGCAGAUGACCUGCUCUGCUAUGCCUGAAACUCAAGUGGAGAGUCAGCCUUUGAAUUUGGCCUUAGUGGCCCCUCAGAAUCUCGAGGGUCACAACAUCUCCUGCCGCCCCAGCCAAGCUGAAAUCCAAGGUCUGCACCAGCUGGGUGCCAUGGAACGACGUUACACUCUGGAAAAUCGCAAACCGUCAUGCAGCAGCGAUGAUUCAAAUGGACCUCAUGGUUCUGGUAAACCACACUAUGCGGGGCCUCGACCUACGCUGACGGGCGGCCACAUGGAAAUCCCAGCAGCCCUGAGAAACCCACAGAGGAAGCAGAGCAGAGUGAGUGUAUGUAAGGAGCUCAGUGAUAUGAGUGAUUCUCCAGAGAGUGAACACUAUCCCACAGCCAGAAAAUGCAGUUUUAUGUCCAGAGGACUGUCGGAGGGCAAGCUGGCCAGUCCGUCUGACAGUGGAGACUGUCAGAGUGGAACGGACAAUGCAUCCCAGCAUCUUAGCGAGGGGGAGAGUCCAGUGGUGUCUCCACCACCUCCAGCUGGAGGGAGGAGGAUGUCCAUGAGCAUGAUUCUGGAGCUGUCUUCAAUCAUGAAAAAGUAA